AUGUCUCUGUCAACUCUACGAGAAACUUCUCGAGCUCGUGGCAGGGUUGCGGCAGCCUCCAAGUCGGCAGUAUUUGGCGAAGCUGUCUGGCGGACAGGUUUCUACCGCGUUAUGUGCGUUGUUGCCGACGGUGCUUUUCAUGUGACGCCGGAAUACAUGGCGUCUAGUGGUACCACAUGCCUAGGUUGGAUCGACUUCCUUGUCCCUCAACACGGAUGGGGAAUCGAAAUUGUUCAAGACAGCGACAGACUAGAGGGGAAUGAUUCUCGAUCCACGUCAGGAAGGUCGUAUCAUUCGUGGAUCUCGAAGAAUUACCUGAAAGACUAUGUGAUGCUGGACUUUCGGAGCUCGACACCGAAGAUGCCUUAUCCUUCGCUCCCUCGACUGCACCAUCUUGUUUUCGCGGAGGAUUCCUCAACAUAUGUUGUUAUGAAUUGUCAUCUGCAACAGGACAAAGCAGCUCAAGCGACCGCGACUACAACCACGAUGACAGACGCGAACGCGACUGUGUCCUCUUCUCACUUCUACGGCGACACCACGAAACGGGCCCACCAAACUCCCAGACGACCCAAAGAACCGAUUCUCACGACAACACCCGACCAUGACCGACUAUCGUCCAUAGCCCCGUUCACGUCGACCGCGGUCCAUGUUCAACCGGAUUUCGCUCAAGCUGCCUUGCAGAUGGCUGGAAAGUUUGUCGGUCCAGUCGCUGUCGACGACUUCCUUGAUCGCUACCUGCCAGGGAGCUCAGCACCACCUUUGCCACCAGUGAAUCGCCAAUCCUUCCAAGUUGUGGCCAAACUUUCGAAAGAGCCUGACAUGUACGACCCACUGAUACAAGCACUAUCGCCCUUCUGUCAAGGCAUUUCUCUCGUCAAUACAGCAGGCGUGUCAGAUCCUGAAUCUGGUGCUCUGUUGAAUCGAUCCAUCAAGCCCGACAUUUCCUGCUACAAGAAGGGCCGCACACCUCCUCCCGACUCAUGCAUCACCCGGGCGCGCGACAUGAUUACAUUUCUCGAGCUCAAAGUUCGCGACGUAGAUGAACCAUUCGACACGAAGAGGAUGGGCGGACCGUUCGAGCGGGCCGCCAACAAUGCUCGCGACACCCGUGGACAACUUACCGUUUACGCCAAUGCUAUUCAAGCAAUGCAAUUCCGGACGCAUGCAUUCGCUGUCUAUAUCAACAAGGCGCGUUGUCGGUUCAUGCGAUUCACGCGGAGCGGUGCCGUCGUCACUGCGCCGUUCGACUACACCGAGGUCGACUGGCUGGCGGUUUUCUUCUGGCGUCUUUCGCACGCGGACGAUGCACAACGCGGCAUCGACACAACCAUCACACCUAUCUCGGCUGACGCUCCCGAUGCUUCGAAAGCUCGUUCUUCUCUUGGCUUGAAGGAUGAUGCUCCUCUGUACAAAGUUCUCGUCGUCGACGAUUACACCAAGAAAAAUCAGCGCUACAUUGUUAGCGAACCGUUCACGAAGCAUCACAUCUACCCACUGGGCCGAGGCACACGUUGUUUCAAGGCGUACGAUUGCCAGACCGGUAAAGUCGUACUGCUCAAGGACACCUGGCGAGUGGAUGGAUAUGACAAGGAGGGCGAUACGUAUCGUCUGCUCCAUAAACACAAAGUUCCACACAUCGCAGGCCUCUUGGCGGCGGGGGAUGUGCCAGGUCGCAACUCCGAAUGUGGUGCAACUCACGAUGUUUUCCCAAAACCACGAAAGCAUCGCGUCCACAUUCAUUACCGUCUCGUCCUCGAUACAGUUGGCGACCCACUCACCCGUUUCGACUCGACGUGGGGGAUGGUGCAGGCGGUGUACUGUGCUGUACAAGCACAUGCUGCAGCUGUCACGGCAGCGGGCAUCCUUCAUCGAGACAUCUCUGUCGGAAACAUUGUGCUCGUCCCGGACGGUGGUAUUCUCAUUGAUUGGGAGCUAUCCAAACGCCUCGAUGAAAAACAGGCUAGGACGUACGAGAAAACCGGCACCAUACAGUUCAUAUCGGUCAGGCAACUAAAGAGUCCUGGCCAGUUGCCACACAACAUCGGCGAUGACCUGGAGUCGUUCGUUCAUGUGCUAGUGUGGACUGCAGCGAGAUACGCGCCUGGUACCAUGUCCAUCGCCGAACGCACCGCUUUCGUAAAAUCCUUCGAUUCUCCAGACGGGGAGCACAAGUCUAUGCUCAUGCGACUGGGAGAAGAAGGCAUCUACGGCAUGAAGCUCGAUCAAAACGGCGUCAACGAAGUUUUGAUCCCGCUGUUUGGAGCCUUCGGGACUCGCUACAAGGAGGGCACCAAGCGACAAGCUUCGGACCGCGUUCGGAAAGAGUUGGAGAAACUUGAGUCCCACGACUGGAUGCUUGACAUACUGAAAAAGGGGUUGGAGGACGAGGAGUGGCAAUCUGCUGAUGACGCAUGGGUGAGUCACCCCAUCAAACAGGACGACAAGAGGGCCCCAGCCGACAGUCGGAAACGCAAAUCUCAAACCUCGGAGUAUGACCUAGAUACAGAGAAUGCGGAGGAGGAGGAGGAGGCCGAGCACGCUGCCAAACGUAGCAGACAUUGA